UAAAACAUUUGGGAUGCCACUAUUUGGUAUAGAUUGUACCCAGUCCAAACUUCAAGAGCAAGAGAGACAUUUAAGGGCAAAUGACAGAGAUUUCAAUCUGAAAUUCCAUUAUGUGAACAAUCGAAUUAAAACCUCCAAAUAUAACGUUUUCACAUUCUUGCCAAUCAACUUGUUUGAACAAUUUCAGCGAAUUGCCAAUGCCUAUUUUUUAUUUUUACUUAUUUUGCAGCUUAUUCCACAAGUUUCAUCCUUGUCCUGGUAUACCACUGUUGUACCCUUAAUGCUGGUAUUGAUAAUAACAGCAGUGAAAGAUGCCAUUGAUGAUUAUCAUCGCUAUAAGAAUGACAAUCAAGUCAACAAUCGGGAGGUUAUGAUUCUCAUCAAUGGGAAGUUUCGGAGAGAAAAAUGGAUGAAUGUUCAAGUGGGAGAUAUAAUUAAGAUGGAGAAUAACCAUUUUGUAACUGCAGACGUACUACUGUUAUCUAGCAGUGAACCAUAUGGCUUGAUUUACAUAGAGACAGCUGAGCUUGAUGGGGAAACCAAUCUAAAGGUUAAGCAGGCGUUAACAGUCACUUCAGACAUGGGAGACAACACCCAGGCUCUGGCAGCUUUUGAUGGUGAGAUUAGAUGUGAAGCACCCAAUAAUAGGUUGGACAAAUUUAGAGGAACACUUACCUACAAGGAAAAUAAGUAUUCUUUAGACAGUGAAAAAAUACUACUACGUGGCUGCACUUUGAGGAAUACAGAAUGGUGUUAUGGACUUGUUAUCUUUGCAGGGCAGGACACAAAACUAAUGCAGAAUAGUGGAUUGUCAGCUUUUAAGCGGACUAAUAUAGAUCGAUUGAUGAAUGUUCUCGUUUUAUGGAUUUUUGGCUUCCUCAUCAUGAUGUGUACAGUACUGGCUAUUGGAAAUAGUAUCUGGGAAUCUUAUAAAGGGUACUAUUUUCAAAUCUACUUGCCUUGGAACCAAUACUCGCCAAAUGCUUCCUUUUCUGGAUUUCUUAUGUUCUGGUCAUAUGUGAUUAUCCUGAAUACUGUUGUCCCAAUUUCCCUUUAUGUGAGUAUUGAAGUAAUACGCUUGGGCAGUAGCUUCUAUAUUGAUUGGGAUACCAAAAUGUAUUAUCCAAAGAAGGACACUCCUGCAUUAGCACGUACUACUACAUUGACUGAGGAGCUUGGACAAAUCCAGUAUAUUUUCUCUGAUAAAACAGGAACUCUGACGCAGAACAUCAUGAUAUUCAACAAAUGCACAAUUAAUGGAAAAAUGUAUGGUCAUGCACACAAUUUUGCUGGGCAAAGGACAGAUAUUACAGCAAAAACAGAAAAAGUGGACUUUUCAUUUAACUCAAUGGCCGACCCAAAAUUUGUGUUCUAUGACCACAAUCUCUUGGAAUCUGUUAAUAUUGGUGACCCUAAAGUCCAUGAAUUUUUUCGUCUCCUUUCACUUUGCCACACAGUGAUGUCUGAGGAAAAGCAGAAAGGUCUCCUUAUGUAUCAGGCUCAGUCUCCAGACGAAGGUGCACUUGUCACUGCAGCAAGAAACUUUGGCUUUGUUUUCUGGUCCCGUACUCCUGAGACAAUAACUCUAGUUGAAAUGGGUGAAACUAAAAUUUAUGAACUGCUUUCUAUUCUGGACUUCGAUAAUGUGAGGAAAAGAAUGUCUGUCAUAGUACGACGUCCUGACAAGAAACUGUAUUUGUACUGUAAGGGGGCUGACACCAUUGUGUUUGAGAGACUUAAUCCUUCAUCUCAGCAUUUAAGAGAUGCAACCACUGCACAUCUUGAUGAGUUUGCAGGUGAUGGUUUACGCACAUUAGUCCUGGCAUAUAAAGAAUUGGACAAAGGAUACUUUGAAAAUUGGCAAGAACGGUACCAUGAAGCAAGUACUGCAUUAGAAAAUCGGGAAGAACAACUAUCUGAAUUAUAUGAAGAAAUUGAAAAAGACUUAACGUUGUUAGGAGCUACGGCAGUUGAAGAUAAACUCCAAGAUGGUGUUCCACAGACAAUUCGAACACUGUCAAAAGCAAACAUCAAGAUAUGGGUCCUAACAGGUGACAAACAAGAGACGGCUGUAAAUAUUGGUUAUGCAUGUAAUAUGCUGCAUGAAGACAUGAGAAACAUAUUCAUCAUUGAAGGCAGUAAUUCUGAAGAAGUACGUGUAGAGCUAAGAAAAGCUUCAGCAACAAUGAAGAAGCAGGACCAAACAGAAAAUGAAGUAAUCAGUAUCAAGCAGCCAAAGAAACCCCCUAUCCUACCUGAAGAAUAUGCUGAUGGGGAGUACGGGCUAGUGAUCAAUGGAGACACCCUGGCACAUGCUUUAGAAGACUUGGAAGUAGAAUUCCUAAAAACAGCUUGCCUUUGUAAAACAGUUAUCUGUUGUCGUGUAACACCCCUUCAGAAAGCUCAGGUGGUAGAACUGGUGAAAAAAUACAAGAAAGCAAUAACGCUAGCAAUUGGGGAUGGCGCAAAUGAUGUAAGCAUGAUCAAAGCUGCUCACAUUGGAGUUGGAAUAAGUGGCGAGGAAGGAACACAGGCUGUCCUUUCAAGUGAUUUCUCCUUUGCUCAGUUUCGUUAUCUCCAGCGUCUGUUAUUAGUCCAUGGAAGAUGGUCGUAUCUUCGCAUGUGCAGAUUUCUCCGUUACUUUUUCUAUAAAAAUUUUGCCUUUACAUUCGUCCACUUUUGGUAUGGAUUUUUCUGUGGAUUUUCAGCACAGACUGUGUAUGAUGAAUGGUUUAUUACACUGUACAAUUUAGUGUAUACAUCUCUUCCUAUAUUAGCAAUGAGCUUAUUUGAUCAGGAUGUUAAUGACCGCUGGAGUAUGGCGUAUCCUCAACUUUACGAACCUGGGCAGUUUAAUCUUUAUUUCAGCAAACUAGCUUUUGUGGAAUGUAUUAUCCAUGGAGUUUACAGUUCCCUGGUUCUCUUUUUUAUUCCUUACGGUGCUCUAUUUGAAGCAGUAAGAGAUGACGGGGAGACUAUAUCUGACUAUCAGUCCUUUGCUUUAAUCGCUCAGACAUGUUUGCUUGUGACUGUUACUCUACAGAUUGCAUUGGAUACAACAUAUUGGACAGCUAUCAACCAUGUUUUUAUCUGGGGAAGUCUUGCUGUCUACUUUGCAAUAACUUUUACAUUGUACAGCAAUGGCUUGUAUCUGAUGUUUCCGACAUCAUUUCCCUUUAUAGGUACUGCACGGAAUGCCUUGAACCAGCCACAUGUGUGGCUGACCAUUUUUCUAACAGCAGUAAUGUGUGUCCUGCCAGUCAUUAUCGUGCGAUACCUCAAUGCUGAACUGAGACCGACCUUCAGCAAUAAACUGCGACAUAAAAUUAGACAAAUGAAGAUGCUUCCGCCAAAACAAACAAUUUCACCCUUGAGACGGUCCAGUGCACGUCGGUCUGCAUAUGCUUUUGCUCAUCAACAGGGUUUUGGUGCUCUCAUUACUUCAGGGAAGAAUAUGCGAAUGAGGACUACCAAUGUUAUACCUUCUAAGGCUAGCACAUUAUCAAAUAUUGAUAAACAGAAAAUGUAA